UCCAGAUCCACUUAACUGGAUAAGCCCCCACCUCUUUUCCUCUCACCUUUUCCAAAAACACUACAUAUAUGUAAUUCCAAAACCCCAUACACAAUCUUUCGUUUUAAAACCCUGUUCGCUGUCUCAUGAUCUCUCCCCACUCUGAUCAUCGGCAUACAAUAACCGUUCCGUAAACAGUAGUACUCGACUUUCUCGAUCGUGAAGUAUAUUACUUUAUUAAUUAGAAGAGAAAUGAAAGCCCACGUCAGCAAACUACUCAGCUUCUUGUCGCUCACGUCAGUCGAACCCAGUACUGCAACGACUCCAUCACCUCCGCCCGGGCCACCCUGGACGUUGGCGGAGGCCCCUAGCAGCGGACCGUACAAGUCCUCUAUUGUUCUCGCAUGGUUCGCCGUCCUUACCAUUGCACUUUUCUUCCUCGGCUUCUUGUCAAUCUGCAUUCGCCGCUUCUCUGACAAUCCCACCGCCGAGUUUUCCCAUCGCCGAAGCCGACGUAGCCCGUAUAGAACGUCGUCUUUUCCUACGUCAGAACUUCGAAGUUGGUCAUACCGGAGUUCGGGAUCGGACCCGGCGAAAAUUCGGGCUCUGCCGGUGUACCAACACUGCGGGAUUAAUGAGAAGUACUACGAGACCAUGGACUGCGCAAUUUGCCUCGGCGAAUUCCAGGAGGAGACCGUCAAGGUGAUACCGUUUUGUAAGCACGUGUUUCAUCCCCACUGCAUUGACACGUGGCUGUAUUCGCACGUGACGUGUCCGGUCUGCCGUGCCACCCGUUUAUUCGAUGACGAGAACGAUAGAAGAUCUACGGUUGGGAACCAUGACACGUGUAUAGAGGUUGGGGCGGUGGCUUGACAUACAUGAGGCGCUGCUCGAUUAGUACAGGAGAGGGAAUUACAAAUUAACACAAGUGUAUAUUUAUGGUAAAAUUUGUAAUUAUCUUUUUAACAUUUUUUUACGUGUAGAUUGUAAAAUAAAUUACAUGCUUUUUUAUUAUCAAAUUUAAAUGCUCAUAGAUUAAUUUGUAGUGGAAUAUCUUC